AUGGCCAUGGCAGGCAUCUUUGUGCUGUUCUCUUUUGCGCUUUGUGGCUUCCUCCCAGAUGCUGCCUUUGGUGUUGAGGUGGACUGCAGUAGGUUUCCCAAUACUACAAAUGAGGAAGGCAAAGACGUUUUGGUCUGCACUGAGGACCUCCACCCCAUCUGUGGAACUGAUGGAGUCACUUACAGCAACGAGUGCUUGCUGUGUGCCUACAACAUAGAAUAUGGAACCAAUAUCAGCAAAGAGCACGAUGGAGAAUGCAGGGAAGCUGUUCCUAUGGACUGCAGCAGGUAUCCCAACACGACAAAUGAGGAAGGCAAAGUGAUGAUCCUCUGCAACAAGGCCUUCAACCCUGUCUGUGGUACUGAUGGAGUCACCUACGACAACGAGUGUGUGCUGUGUGCCCACAACGUAGAGCAGGGGACCAGCGUUGGCAAGAAGCAUGAUGGUGGAUGUAGAAAGGAACUUGCUGCAGUGAGUGUUGACUGCAGCGAGUACCCUAAGCCUGCCUGUACGAUGGAAUACAGACCUCUCUGUGGCUCCGACAACAAAACAUAUGGCAACAAGUGCAACUUCUGCAAUGCAGUCGUGGAAAGCAACGGGACUCUCACUUUAAGCCAUUUUGGAAAAUGCUGAAUAUCAAUGCUGGGAGAAUUCACCACAG